GAGAGGGACGGCCGCGCCAGAGAGGGACGGCGGCGCCAAUUACUAUCACCUGGCGGGCAGCUACCGCAUUACCCAUUGCCGCCGCGCGCGCGACCACGCGCUCGCAACCCGCGGUCUGACUCGGCCCGCCGGCUCCCGCGAGCGAUCGAUCGCGCUGCACCGACUGCCCGUGCACUACUAGUGACAAUAUGAAACUGUGAAGUGACACUCAGUGACUGUGACGGAACUUGCGUGAUUUUACCAGCGAUUUAUUCAGUGAAAAUGACCUCCCAGUUCGCCUUUCGUGGAUCUCCUCCGAACCAGAGCACCAUAUCGACAGCCUCCAACAGUCCGCCGCCGGCGCAGGCGGGGAUGAGCGGGGGGGCGGGGGGUGCGGCUAGGCCGAGCUCUCCUGCCGCCGCCGCCGCCCGCUGCUGCGACACGGGCCGGCCGAUCUUCCAGGACCCGAUCACGGGGCAGACCGUGUGCUCUUGUCAGUACGAGUUCCUCAACUACCAGCGGCUGGCGUCGGGCGUGCCGCUGUCCAUGUACAGCGCGCCGUACCCCGACGCCGCCGCCGCGGCCGGCAUGGCUGCCUACUUCCCCGCGCUGGCCGCGGACCAACCACCCUUCUAUGCCAAUACAGCAGCGGGCAUCGAGCUGAAAGAAAAUUUGGCAGCAAGCGCCGCAAGUUGGCCCUACCCGUCUGUUUAUCAUCCUUAUGACGCUGCGUUUGCUGGAUAUCCUUUUAAUGGAUAUGGAAUGGAUCUCAACGGGGCAAGACGGAAAAACGCCACUCGAGAGACAACGAGUACACUGAAAGCGUGGCUAAAUGAACAUAAGAAGAAUCCAUAUCCAACGAAAGGCGAGAAGAUAAUGCUCGCAAUUAUAACAAAGAUGACUCUCACCCAAGUAUCCACCUGGUUUGCGAACGCCCGCAGACGCCUCAAGAAGGAGAACAAAAUGACGUGGGAGCCGCGCAAUAGAGUGGAUGACGAUGACAAUAAUAAUGACGACGAUGAUCACAAGAGCAAUGAUGGAAAGGAUGCCUUAGAUGGAAAGGACUCCGGAACAGGAUCGAGUGAAGACGGAGACAGACCGCAGCAAAGGUUAGACUUAUUGGGGCAAAGAACGGAGUCAGAAUGGUCCGAAUCCCGUGCAGACAGCGGACCGGAGUCGCCCGAGCCGUACGAGAGGCCCAUUCACCCCGCGUUCCAACAUCUACCAUCGCGGGCUCCCCCCGGCAGCACGCCGGCUUCGGCCAAGCCGAGGAUAUGGUCCCUUGCUGACAUGGCCAGCAAGGACGGCGAGGCUCCCGCGCCGCCGGCGGCCGCGUCCGCGUUCUACCAAUCAGCGGCGGCCGCGGCCGCGCGCCUGGCGCACCCGUACAGCCGGCCGGAGCUGUACCGGGGGCUAUACCCGCCGGCGCACCCGGCCGACGUGGCGCUGCUGGAGUACUCCCGCUCGCUGGCGCUGGCCGCACCCGCGCCCGCGCCGCCCGCGCCCUCACCGUCCUCGUCCUCGACCUCGUCGCUGGCCGAGCCGCCGCCCCCGUCCCGCGCCUGACCGCUCGCUCCUCGUCCGCACCUGGCGCACCGACAAUAAACGCGAUCUCGCCCCGUGAGUGAAGCGAUUGUACAUAACGAUAACUAUAAAUAUGUAUACAUGCAUAUUACGUGAUAAUAAUUUAUGCACCGAUAGAAAAGCUUAGAUUGUGAUAGUGGACACGGGCGAGCCGCGAGCUCGACGACUCGCGAACGAAGUCGCCGCCUCUGCGCCGACUGACCGACAAUACUAGGUGCUAAUUCAAAUUGGACCUUGCGAAAUGUUACUUGUAGUUAUAUUGGAGGGGGUAAACGAAGUGAUUGAAUAAAAAUAGGUAUUAAUAUGUGUUACGUUUCUACAACAACGUCACUAUUUUAGACUAUUAUUUAAUAUGUAGAGUGUAAAUUAUUAUUUUGAAAAUGUUCUCUUUAUAUUUAGUGCCUAAUUACGUCCAAUUUUCUCUAUUGUGUAAUAGUUUCGUAAAUGUCUAUCAUACGAAUUAUAAUAUUUAUUGAUACGAGGUCAGUAGUAAUAGCAGUUUGUUUGUACGAUAAUAAUCUACGGUCUACCCAUACCAGAUUGUGAGAAAUCUGAAUUAAUAAUUUCUAGUCAGACGACUACGAUUGUCUAUGUUAAACAUUAAAUGAAAUGACGCUUUAGAUGGACUAACUGUUAAUAUUAAGGGAUUAGUUAUCAAGUAAAGGCUGGGCAGGUCUUCGUUCGCAGAGGCGUUGAUAGCUAUUCCACGCAAUGCCUAUCAUACCAAUAAGCAUUUUUAUAAUAGAAAUAUUUAAAUUAGUUAAUAUAUACCUUUUGUUCCUCACACAACGUGCCCAGUCUUUUUUCCUAAACAAAGACUCCUUUUGCGUAUGUUAACGAAGUAACGAGAUUUGAUUUUAAUUUCAAACAUUCAAUUACUCAAUUUGUUUCCUAUAUUUUACUAGAUCUAUUCAAAAAUGUGUUGAAUGGCCUUGUAUAUUGUAAUAAAGUAAUUGUAUAGUGACACCGUUUGUUUGUUUCUAUAUAGUGUCAAAUAUUUUUUCCAAUAUUGUAGAGACUGAAAGUCCAAAAUUGAGUCUAUAGUUUUGUACAUACAUACGUCUCUGUUAUUAGUAUACAUAUAUUGUAAUCGUAAUAUGAAUAUUUAAGAGUGAUAAACACAAUAAUUUCUGUAUUAGAGGAAAGUUUUUCAUGUAAAUAAUCGAAUCAGAAAUAUAUAUAAAUACGUGUGCAACGAACGUAUUCUGGGAAGAUGUAGGUUCUUUGUGAAAAAAAAAUUCAAAAACAUAUAAUAUAUCAAUAAAUAUUCCUAUGUGUUAGUAAUAAUGUUAAAAUUUAGACAGAUUUACGUUUUCGAUGUUUAAUUGUCCAUAAUUACACACACGAGCACACUUUCACAAACUUAUUUAAGCAAUAUUGUUUAUAAAUGUAUAAUUUUGUGAGCUUCAAACUCUUGACCAUACUACAGGAAGGUGUGUGAAUAGAUGCAAUAAAAUUUAAUACACAAAAUAUA